CUGCGUCCGCGCCGAACCAAGUACCGCAAGGCCCAUAAGGGCUACUUCAAGACAAAGUCCGGCGGCUCGCUCAGAGGAACCCGUGUCUACUACGGCGAAUAUGGCCUGCAGGCCGCAGAGGGUGGCCGUAUCCGAGACAAGCAGCUCGACAACGUCAAGGCCUGUGUCAGACUGGUGAUGAAGUCCGAAAAGGGUGCCAAGCUGAUUCUCAGAGCCUUCCCGGAUCGCCCCGUCACGGCCAAGGGCGCCGAAACCCGUAUGGGCAAGGGCAAAGGCACCGUCGACUACUAUGCCACCUGGGUCUCGGAGGGACGUAUCCUGUUUGAGAUCCGGGGUCUGCCGGAGACCUCGGCCCUUGAGGCUUUCCGCAUUGCCUCGCAGUCGCUCCCGAUCCGCACUCGUGUCGUC